GUAAAACCCACCCAUCAGGACAGAUCCAGUCAUAUCUGCUCAGUCGUGCAGCACAUUAGGGGCGGGGUAGGGAAGUUGGAGGUGGGCUUUUAGGUGGCAAAGGAAAGACACCAAAGUUGCCAUUUUACUGCGGAGCAGCAAGAGAGAAAGACAGCACCAGUUUCUCCGUGGGACGCUACUCAGACGUGAGCAAUGGGCGACUGGAGUUUCCUGGGAAACAUCUUGGAAGAGGUGAAUGAGCACUCCACUGUCAUCGGCAGAGUCUGGCUCACAGUGCUCUUCAUCUUCCGCAUCCUCAUCCUCGGGACAGCAGCGGAGUUUGUGUGGGGCGAUGAGCAAUCUGAUUUUGUAUGCAACACCCAGCAGCCAGGCUGUGAGAAUGUCUGCUACGAUGAGGCCUUUCCCAUCUCACACAUCCGCCUCUGGGUGCUGCAGAUCAUCUUCGUCUCCACUCCAUCGCUGAUGUACGUGGGGCACGCGGUACACCACGUUCGCAUGGAGGAGAAGCGAAAGGACCGUGAAGCUGAGGAGCUCUGUCAGCAGUCGCGCAGCAACGGGGGUGAGAGGGUACCAAUCGCCCCAGACCAGGCCAGCAUCCGGAAGAGCAGCAGCAGUAGCAAAGGCACCAAGAAGUUCCGGCUGGAGGGCACACUGCUAAGGACCUAUGUCUGCCACAUCAUCUUCAAGACCCUCUUUGAGGUGGGCUUCAUCGUGGGCCAUUACUUCCUGUAUGGUUUCCGCAUCCUGCCCCUCUAUCGCUGCAGCCGGUGGCCCUGCCCCAAUGUGGUAGACUGCUUUGUAUCCCGGCCUACUGAGAAGACCAUCUUCAUCCUCUUCAUGUUAUCAGUCGCUUUUGUGUCACUCUUCCUCAACAUCAUGGAGAUGAGCCACCUGGGCAUGAAAGGAAUCCGGUCUGCCUUCAAGAGGCCUGUAGAGCAACCACUGGGGGAGAUUGCUGAGAAGUCCCUCCACUCCAUUGCAGUUUCCUCCAUCCAGAAAGCCAAGGGCUACCAGCUUCUAGAAGAAGAGAAGAUCGUAUCACACUAUUUCCCUUUGACAGAGGUUGGAAUGGUGGAGACCAGCCCUCUUUCGGCCAAGCCUUUUAGUCAGUUUGAGGAGAAGAUCGGCACAGGACCCCUGGCAGAUAUGUCACGGAGUUACCAAGAAACCCUGCCUUCUUAUGCUCAGGUGGGGGUCCAGGAAGUGGAGCGGGAAGAGCCGCCUAUAGAAGAGGCUGUGGAACCGGAAGUGGGAGAGAAGAAGCAAGAAGCAGAGAAGGUGGCCCCAGAAGGGCAGGAGACAGUUGCAGUGCCAGACAGGGAGAGAGUAGAGACCCCUGGAGUGGGGAAGGAGGAUGAGAAAGAAGAGCUGCAAGCUGAAAAGGUAACCAAGCAAGGGCUGUCUGCUGAGAAGGCACCCUCACUCUGUCCGGAGCUGACAACCGAUGACAAUCGGCCCUUGAGCAGGCUGAGUAAAGCCAGCAGCAGGGCCAGGUCAGAUGAUCUCACCAUAUGACCUGGUGCAGAAGAAAGAUAUCCCACCUCCAGCCAAUACAGACCAAGAUAAACCCAGCUGGUGCCAAUAUACUUUGAGUCUUAUGUGUCCCUUGGUCCACCCCCACCCCUGGUUUGAUAGAUGCUGUUCUAGAACAAUGCACGCUGUACAACUAGGGGACUGCCUCUCCCACCUGUAUGCGCUGUCAAGGUAAACCCGCUGUCCUAGUGACGUUCCUAUGCCUGCCCUGGUCUUCUAUCCCAACUGCUGUUAGGAAGGUGGGGAUGGGGGCUUUGCUUUCCUCCUCCAUUCUCCAUGGAAACCCAUCAGGUCAGAAUCAUGAUUACCUCAUAACCUUUUCCUAAUCUUCUCUCGUGCUCACUCACUCAGUCAGUGAGAUUCUGUACCCCAGCACGUCCCCAGCAGACGCCACCUACCCUACAUGAGAGAUCUCAAACUCAAAAGCCUAUAGGACCCAGGCCAGUGAUUUAAAUAGCAAAUGUUUCCAUGCUGUAAUAUGACAGAGAGAGGUAGGGUCAUGAAAGAUGGAGAGCGGGAUAACAGCCCGCCCCUUCCAGGCAGUGGUUUCCUUGAUGCCUGGGCAUCUGGUUUGUUUGUUUGUUUGUUUGUUUGUUUUUCUUGGUUGUUGUUUUAUGAGAAACAAAAAUAUAAUUGGAAUUUUAACAAGUUAAUUUUAAAUACAAUAUGCGGACCAAAUGCAAUGUAUCCAAAUUUAACCUGUGUGGUAGUAAGUUGCAAUAUCAGUUUUUUACAUUAAUGAGCCCAGAUUUGCUAAGAAAUUGGUCUCACUUUUUUUUUAAUGGUCUUGGCCUAUUUUUUGUGGUUUCCCAACCGCAUCUUAUCACUUUGAAAUGUCUUAAGUCAUCAGUCCAGAGAUGCCCAGAGUUCUUGCUCACCUUUCUGUUGGGUCACUGUGCCCCAGGGUUUAAAGCAAUCGAGCCUUUGUAUCAGAAAGAAUUCAGCCCAGAGCACAGUGAGAGAACAAGUGAGCUAUCAGACCUCUCCCUGUGAAAUGAAAAGUUUUUAGGCUUUCAAGCCAAUUGCAGUUUUCUUCCCUGAAGCAACAAAAAUCCUUUUUUAAAAUUCUCUUCUUCCAACAUCAGUCAACCUAAAAUCUGCAUCUCCUUUCACCAAGGCUGGGAGCUGGACAAGUUCCAAACUGGAAGAUAUCUGCCCAUAGGCCUCUCCUGAGGGAGGCAGCUCUCAAGCAUUGCUCAGACAGAAUGAGCACCAAAAAGCUGCCAGCAGAAAUGUGACAGGGGGGAAACAUGUCUUACUCUAUUACCUACAAACUGGACGCUCAGUCAGUACCCAGUCCAAGCUGUAUCCCUAAAAGAGAUGCAGAGACUAGAGGGGCCUCUCAUAGGCCUCAUCCCCUAUAAGCCUUCUACAAACCUCACUGAGCCCAUCAGGGGAAAAAAAUAUCAAGUAUACGUAUAUAUUUCACACAGGGAACAAUUUCACUCAAUCAAUCGAUUUUUCAGAACAGAUGAUAUAUAGAUAGAUAAAUGAUAGUUGGAUAGAUAGAUCAGUAGAUAGAGCAAUGAUAGAUAGAUAGAUAGAUAGAUAGAUAGAUAGAUAGAUAGAUAGAUAGAUAUAGAUAGAUAUAGAUAGACAGAUAGACAAACAUGUUAGAUGAUAUGAAUAAAAUCAGGCGAUGGUGACCUUGAUAUCUAACUAUCUGAUUUUAAAAAAAAAGAAGGCAGAAAUUCAUGGCAAGAGGCUUCCUGAUCAGCCCAGGAUAGCCAUGCAUGCAGCCCAACACAAAAUCAUAAAAGUACAGUCUUAGUUUGUGUAACUAUUGCUAUGAUGAAACACCAUGAUCAAAAAGCAAGCUAGGGAGGAAAGGGUUUAUUUGGCUUAUGUAUCCACACUGUCAUCUAUCACUGAAGGAAACCCAGACAGCAAUUUAAACAGGGCAGGAACCAGGAGGCAGGAGCUGAUGCAGAAGCCACAGAGGGGGAACUGCUUAUUGUCAUGCUUGCUCCUCAUGGCUUCGCACAGCUUGCUUGCUUAUAGACCCCAGGCCUACCACCUACAAUGGGCUGGGCCUUCCAUAUCAAUCACUAAUUAAGAAAAUGUCCUACAGGUUCACCUACAGCCAGAUCUUAUGGAGGCAUUUUCUCAAUUGAGGAUCCCUCCUCUCAAAUGACUGCAGCUUAUAUCAAGUUGACAUAAAACUCUCCAGCACACUUACUUAAAAUAUUAUGAGAUUUCUUUUGUAACUUUUUUUGUGCUUAAAAUGCAUGAGUCUCUAGUGUGAACACUGUAGAGGAUGGGAUCAUGGUGUCAAGAGUCUGAACACACCUGAACCCUAUGCCUCAUGGACCACAUGCCAAGGAUGGGUAGGGAGUAGAGAAACUAAGUUAACAGGGCAGAGACUUGAACAGGAUACCAGGGUACCCAGCAAAACUGCCCUUUGAUUGGCCUCACUACCUGCCAGCAUCACCCAAGGUGAGAAAGUCCUUUUCAACCUUCUGGCUACCAUCUUCAUUUUAACAUAUUUGCUCUGGAUAAGCCUUCAGAAACUAUCCCUCCCUCUGAAAGUUCUCAUUGCCUGGUGCCACAUUCUCAGCCAUAACAGUUUCAAAGAUAAACUCACUGAAUGGUUUAGUUUUAUUUUUUUAUAAGUAUGCCUAGGAAAUCUAUAGUUAAAAGAAAAGGACUAACUAUAUAUGUAUCUAGAAAACCAAAGUAACAAACUUUCAGUGGAGGAAUGUUUCAGGCAAUGGACAGUGAGUAGAAGGAGACAUCCACCUGCCCGGCACGGGACUUUCUGCUUACUGCUGGAAUCUGACCCCACCAGUCAAUAGCAUCCAGGCACAGACCCUGCCGUGUACCAUGAGAACGGUAACCAAAUCCCAAGCCUGAGACCCCAGAGUGUUCUUGACCCUCACAGGCUGCCCUCUCACCCUAUAGUUAUGCUUCCCAUUUAAAAAGAACCUUCUUUCUCAAGGCUGAGAGAGUUCAAGCUGGGCACCUCAACUAAGACCAAAUUUUAAAAAGAACAAAAUCCUGUUUCAAGGUGAUGUUGCCAGUGGUGUUUGAAACUAGUUGCAGAGCUGUGAGGGAGGGGUGCUGGCCUCCUUGCCUUGGCUGGACGCUAGCAAGUUACUCCCUCGCAUGAAAGAAGCAGUGUCUAGCUUCCCUGCCCACACCUGCUUGGAGCCUCACAUAUCCUGCCAUUUCCUUUUGCCCUUCCCAACAAAAAGGCAUAUAGGUUGGAAGAAGCAGACACAGGCACCAACAACAGGGACUUUCUUCCUACUUCUGCCAGUUAGUGGCUAUGUCAUCACUGCCUCUUACCCUCUCUAUACCUCCAUUUCCUGUCUACAAACAGGUAAUGGCACUACUGCCUUGCUACCUCCAGGGUUAUCGAAACCCAUGAGUUGGCUACCACACUUGGAGCCUGCUUUGUGACGCCACUUCCUGAGAGCUUCCUCCAACAGCAGUAGGACAGGAUAGAGAACAGGUGGGUGGCUGCCAUCUUUCUCAGAAAAAACUCAGCAAAAUCUUGGUUCCAUAUAAUGCCGGGGAUAGGUAGGCGGUUACUUAAGUGAUUGUUACACGACAUCUCUUCUUCAGCUGCCGCUGGGCUCCUGUCAGGUCCCUUCAGAGGUACCUGUGUGUCUGUGCUCUUUGUAGCUCAUCCCUGCCCUCUGUUUGGGGGACAAAUAAUCAUGACUGACCCAGGAGUAUGAUGCUCUGGAUUCCAUUGGGUCCAGCUUUACUUCCAACUCAGUCCCUCAUUAGAUAAAUCCCUAGAGCACAUCGUCCUACCAAUUAAAGAUGCCUUGGCUAUCAAGAGAACAGGAGUGAGGCUCCUCCCAGAGGAAAAGAAGGAGCCAUUGGCUUGAUAGCGGUAGUAACUCCACCAUCGGGAGAGGUCUGUACCAGGAAGCCUAGAAUCAGGUUCAGUCAUGUUGUUUGGGUGCUCCCUAGCACUGGGGCUUUGUAAAAAGACCUAUCUGGUUGUCAUGAUUUUAGCCCUUGCUGGUCAGAUGAUGCAUCCAACACAGCAUUGAACAAAUGUUCCUGAAGAUCAGGAUGGCUUAGAGACUCACAAGACUCACUGACAUUUGUAAGGUGUGGCAGCUGUCUCUUUCUUUCCAACUCUGGAGAUGCCAAGUUAUCAUUUCUCAGCUCUCUAUGACAGUUUUCUCUAGGUUGAUAGGGUAUAUGAGCCCCCCUCCUUUACAAAGUCUAAUUUGUCUUCUCAAAAACUUACUAAUGUGAAAAGAAAAAGAGAAGAAAGAAGGCGCUGUCCAAACUGUAGGGAUCACAUUGUAAAGUACUCCUUAAGGACCAAUGCUUGUCCCUCCUGAACAAAGCACAGCUUGUUAACCGGAGAGACAGAUGAACUGUGGGACAGCAAGUGAAAUGAGGGAUGAUCCAGAAGGCCUAAGAAUCGGACCACACACAAGAACAGCUUUCAUCCCAUGAGAAUCUGUUGCAAGUGAUGCUAAGGGGUUCAUCUUACCAGAGCUCAUGUACAGACAAGGAAGGAUAUGUCAACCUCUGAGACUGACUUGAGCACACAGGAACUGCUCAGCUGAAGCCCCAGGGAAGGCUAUGGGCAAGACUGGUGCAGACCACCAUUCUUCAGUUCCUGAGGGGACGAAGGGCACACAAAGGGUGAGAAUGAGCCAGGAACCCAACAGAAGCUCUUAUGCCACUCCAUCCUCUUCCAGUCUUCUUCCUCUGACUCCAGACCAGCCCUUUAUGUCUAUCAUUCACAAACAAUUGCCCAGCCAAAGCCGGUACAGCCUAGGUAAAAAGUGUGGGGAGACAGGUUGAAUGGAAAACUCCUCUAAGCAUAAAUAUGUUCUGUAAGAUGUAGUGUGUACCUAGAAAUUAUGAGAGACGAGACAGGGAGGUUCCCCUAACUUGAAAUUAUUGUAGUAUAAAUAAAUAUGUCUUUGGGGAAAGGGAGGAGAUAAAGGAAACAUAAUUCUAGAUUCAGCUAUUAAAUAAGAAGAUAACUCAGUCUCCACUGCUUUUGGCACUGCUGCUCCCAGAGACAGGAGAAGAUGCCAUUCAACUCUGGCAGUGGCCACACAGGUGGUGGGGGCAGGGUAGGGGCAGGAGGAGGGGGACAGACUAGAGUCUCUACUGCCUUCUGGAAGUUUCGAGGGCAGAACACAAAUUCUAGAAGAAUUCAGAAAUUUGCCCGAAGAUAAAAGGAACUUGCUCCUUUGCCUUCUGUGUGUGCCCCCUGCCAUCUGAGAAACAUAAGUAAAGAAGGAGCUAAGAGAUGCACUCAAAGUUAGCCGCACUGGGAGGAGCUAAGAGAUGCACUCAAAGUUAGCAUCACUGGGAAACCCUCAUGAGCAGCCACACUGGGAGGAUGGGUGGGAUUUUUCAAUCUGUAUUUUCCAACCCUCCCCACUCCUGUGUCAGAACUAAUAACUACGUUAGAUUGUUAACAAAACAAAUAAAACUAACUCGACUUUUAA